CUCCCCUUUAGCUAUAAUUAUAGUUCCCACAAAUCCAAUAAUACUUUGGCGACUUGAGCAUUACAUUGAUCUUGCUGCGGUACAUAUACAUAACUUAACCUUCUGUCUCUAAUCAUCCAUUCUAAGAAAGUUCGUCUUGUUGGGACGUCAUGUUCUGAACACCCAUCCAGACUGAUCAGGAGACUGAAGGAAUACUCACCGAUAGGACAGCGCUGGUCAACAAAAGGACAUGACUUAAACAAAGAUGGCGGCGAAGUUCCAGGUAACUCCAGAGGCGGCUAAAGCUGAACUCGCAUGGAAGACACGGUGGUGACUACAUGGUGAGGAUCUUUUGGAGUUGAAGCCCCAGCCACGGGACAGACCAGCAGUUGAAACAGGACCCGUGGUUUAACAAGGAAGUCGUCAUAGCAAUUCAGAGAACCUUCAUUGGUAGAAACAAACCGGUACGGAACUGGACUGACUGUGUACUGUCACGUCACUCGAGCACGUGUCCUGAACAAACCCGACAUAAUCUUCAUCGGUUGGUAUCAAAUGUUGUUAAGAGAGUUACGUUCAGUUAACGCUGAGUUAUUGUAAACGCCACUUUACCAAAACUAUUCCAAAUGAUCAGUUAUUGCCCGAACACUGGGUUUUUUUUAGCGAAGAAUAUAUACGAGAACCAGAAAAACCAAGUUGUUACACACCCUGCUGAGAAUGGCUGUAUUACCGAGUCAAUCAAUACCAACGGUCACUUUCGAAAAAGUAAGUCCGAACACAUGAAUGGUCACGUGCUGUCUUCCAGUCCAUCCGAUCUGGGACCAGGGUUCACGAUAGUUGAGCCACCGACGGAGAUCGUCCCCAGGGUGGCUGUUGACAAGAUGGCUCCUACACCGGACUCUUUACACACUAAAAAGACGACCAAUCAUGUCCGAUUCAGUCAAGACGCGCCCCCUGACUUCUCAGACCCUCUCCUUGCCGAGUCACCGCGCAAUGAUCGCAAAACACACCAAAAACUGCAGAACCAGUCUACUCAGACAGACAUUAGUCUUCCAAAGUAUUCUAAGCUUGAAGUCCGCUUGAAAAGAUCCUCUACCUCCCCAAGAGAAUCCGAUAAUACUGUUUUGCACUACAGAGACACCCCACCCACAGCGUCUUGGUCCUGCAGUUCCAGCUUGUCCGGUUCGGUGUCAUCCUUGUCGGAUAGAGCGCCCGGGAGCCCCGGCGGUGCAGACUCUGUAUUCUCGGCGGUCUCUCCUGCUCCGAGUACGGUCGAGGAGAUCCCUCUGACUGCCAUCUUGAUUGGAGACAGUGGCACGGGGAAAACGUGCCUCGUCGCCCGCCUGGCUGAAGACUUAUUCAUGGGCAAUAAUUACGAUGUUACAGUAGGCAUUGACUUCAACAUCGCUAGGGUGGUCUUACCGGACGGUCGACCGGUCCGUCUGCAGCUCUGGGACACGGCAGGGCAGGAGAAGUACCGGUCUAUAACAAGCUCGUACUACCGUAAGGCGAUGGGUGUUCUCCUAGUUUAUGAUGUAUGCCGAAGAGAUUCCCUGCAAAAUAUUUUGCACGUUUGGAAGAAAGAAGUUGAGAAGUAUGCAGAUCCAGACGUAGUGUUGAUGUUAGUCGGUAACAAGAUGGAUCUUGACGACCACCGGACUAUCACAACACGAGUAGGAGCCAAGGUGGCGGUAGAGCUUGGUGCGUCAUUUUACGAAGUCAGUGCGAAAGAAGACCUUAAUGUUAAGAUGGCCUUCAAGGCGUUCGCGCAGGACAUCCUGGAAAAUGUGUAUGCUUCGCGGAACCCAUGUAUGAGCCCGAGCGCAGUUCGCUUGGACAACAUCACCAACCACGCCAGAGCCGACAAGAAGGGGAGUAGCGGCAGUUUGUGUUACUGCUGAUAGAGGGCGCUAUAGUCUACCUCAUCUUUGUACCUUUUCGCAAUACCAGGAGCGCGUUUUGGCGACCCCAACCAAAAACUGUUUCGGUUGUU